CGCUCCCCUGGUCAACUGGGCUCCCCCCACCUCCCGACCCAUCCCACACGCACCGGCGCCCGACGCGGCCACCAACCAACCCACGCCGCCCGCCGCCGGCCACCACCCCGCGCCACCCUCCCCGGCCACCAACCACCCGCGCCGCCCACCCUGGCCACCACCUUCAGGAUCUGGCCGGUGACCCCGACCACCGCGGCGCUCCACCCUCCCACCUCCUUCCGGGAUCUGGCCGGCGACCACGGGACGGCCUCCCGACCACCGCGACACCACACCGUGCCACCACCUCCCCCUCCAACCAUCGCUCACUCCCCAGCUCUCCCCGCCGACGCCACACAGCUCCCUGCCGGCCGCCCCCAUGCUCUGCCCCGCCCACCCUCCCCUGCGCCGGAUCCAACGCGGCCACGACCCCUCCCCACGCUCCUCUCGGUGGACAGCGGCGGAGGGCGGCGGCUCCUGGACAGCAACGACGACGGCGACCUCCACCAGUCCCCGGCUCCAACUUCCCCGUCCCUGUUGCUUCAUCGCGACGGGCGCGCUGCACGCCUCUGAUGUGGCCUCCUCCUGAUGCGCCCUCUCCUGCCUCCCGGCGCCUCCCGGCCAGAUCCAUCCUCGUCCUGGCCGGAUCCGCCUUGCCCCUCGGUGGACACGGCAGGCCACACGCAUUCUUCCCCCUUCCUUCAUCUCAACCCGGCGCCACCAUCAGAGAACCGGCUCCUCUUCCUACCUUACGCUCGGCCGUAAGGAGGGCAGCAGCAGCCAGGAUCGAGCUCCUCCUCCCUCGACGCGGGGCCGCGUCCUGGCGAGCGCCCUUUCCUGCGACUUGUCUGGACGACGGUGCACGCGCAAGGCCACCUCCCUGGUACUCCUCAUUGUCCUCUCAGGCAGCGGUGCCAUGGCGGAGCCCUACAGCGCUCCGGCAGCGCUCCCGCCUUGACGGUGAGGGUGGUGGCCGCUGCAGUGCAGCUCAAACGCCCUGUGGUUUGCAGCCCGGAAUUCCUUCUAUGCUUUUAAAUUUUGUUUUUAUGCAGCUCGGAGGCAAGAUGUUGCAGUGCGGUUCGCGGGAUAACGACACAAUUAUUGUAUCUGUUGUGGAUGACACACCCACUUGCGGUUCGCUUGGCGUGACAGCGCAGUUCUUUGCUCUGCGUGUGGUUUUCGCCGUUCCGCAGUGUAUUUUCAGUGGUUAUGCAGUGUAGCGGGCGCACGCAUGUAGUCCAAUCGGAUCCAAAAUAAAGCGACAGAGCUGGAACUACCCAACAAUGGAGUAGUCCAGUAGCGUGCGGAGGGUAAAGGCACAGGGGCGCGCAAGCACAAUCCCUUGCCACACGGCGCAGGCUAAUUUCAAUUUCAGUGGUGUUUAUUGUGUGCUGCGGUGUCUGUAUGCGUGCAGUGCACUGCUGUGGUUCCCUUUGUAAAAAUAAUAACAAAAACAUAGCAAAAGAAGUUUGUUUCAUUUUAGA